AAAUUGCAGUCUUUGAUCUUCCUACCCAACAUCUUUGGCAUGUGUGUAGAAAUUGCAGAUAUAGAACUAUGAAGUAUGUCAAUUUUAAUUUUCGAAAAGUUGUAUCGCUAUCCUAUAAUAUUUGCUAAAAAAAAUGUCAGAUUUAAAGAAAAGGGAAGAUCUAAGUAAAAUUAAUUUGAUACAGUUAAGGGAAAUACUACAGCGGGAAAACGCUUUAUUAAAAAAUAAUGCAUUAAUAGGAAGAUUACCAGAUAAAGGAGAGUCAAUAAAAAGUUUUAGAGACAAAGUUGAAAAGGAAAUAAUAUUUCGUAAAAACCUAGACGAUAUUGAAGCGACUAUAAAUAAGUUGUCUUUAAGCGAGAAUGAAAGACAUAUACAGAAGCUCUGUGAAAUUGAGAAAAUCCCAGUAAAAGAGAGGUAUAAACCAUUUUCCACUUUAAAUAAAGCCAAAGAAGUUCAGCCAGACAGUAAAGUUUUUAAAAUAAUGGAAGACUGUGCUCAUUGCAAUAAACCAACAAAGCUUAUCCCACUGUCGGAAUCCAUAGAUAUACUUAAGAAACAAGAUGAAAGGAUCAGAGAAGAACAACUAAAAGCAAGGCAUCGACGUAUUUUUGAAAAAUUAAGAGAACUCGACGAAAACCAAGCAAACGAAGAGAAAAAUUCUGAAACUAGCAGUUCAGAAGGGUAUUCGGAGCCAGAAGAAGAGGAACAUGGUUAAUACAUAUAACAGUAUACAUUUUGUUUUUAUUAUUUUUAAAUAUUUAUUUUUGUACUAGUUUAUAUUCAGUGGUGUUAUUUUUGAUAAAUA